GAGCUGGUCUUCUACUUGAGAUAACUCAUAUACCAUACGUAAACGCGUUUUCGUGGUGAAAUAACUUGCUUUGAAAUUCUCCCUGCCUUUUUUUGUAUCUAAAGUCCCGCCCCGUUGCAGUGGAGACCAAUGAAUGGGUACUUAUAUCUGCGUGGACCACUUAAAACGCGAGCCUCCCGUUGUUCCUAAAACUUAAUUUAUAGGCCUAGAUGAUGAAAGGCAUUUUGCCUGGACGUUUUACUUGGUUCGUCUGCUAGAAAACUGCAUUUAACCGCCAAGAUUGUCUUUCCAGAAAUCCAAUAAAAGUAGGUUGGUUAUACUGAUAAUAAAUGCGUAAAAAUCGAUGCGUAAGACUCUGGUAAACGAACUCUGGACACGUGACAUUUUGUGAAUCGGGAGAAAAGAUUAUUUGGGAUUUUCGCCUUCUCCGCAGAGCCAUGUACGCUCAUGUCAGACUCGACAGUCAUCGCGAGGAGAAUGUGUCACCUCGUUUACGGCUAUCCUGACGUCCUGAGGAGUCAUGCCGCCUGAUCUAGCGACGCCACUGCGAGAGGAUUUGUUCUAAUUUUAAUUUGUCUUUAAACCUGAAUAAUGCGUGCGCACAAAACGAUGACCGUGUUUGGAUACUGCUAGAAUUCCAACGCGAAGAAGAAGAAGGAACAACUGCGAGGAAAAGAAGGGGGAAAAAAAACGAAAUAAUCCCGUCACCCAGAGAAAUAUGGCUUCGGUGUGGAAAAGAUUGCAGCGUGUGGGCAAACACGCGUCCAAGUUCCAGUUCGUGGCGUCCUACCAGGAGCUGAUGGUGGAAUGUACAAAGAAGUGGCAGCCAGACAAGCUGGUGGUUGUGUGGACACGCAGAAGUCGACGGAAAUCUUCCAAGUGUCAUGGCUGGCAGCCUGGAAUUAAAAACCCCUACAGAGGAGUGGUGGUGUGGCCAGUUCCCGAAAACAUUGAGAUCACCGUCACGCUGUUUAAGGACCCGCAUGCGGAGGAGUUUGAGGAUAAGGAGUGGACGUUUGUGAUCGAGAACGAGUCCCCCUCGGGCCGGCGGAAGGCCCUGGCCACCAGCAGCAUCAACAUGAAGCAGUACGCCAGCCCCAUGCCCACGCAGACCGACGUCAAGCUCCGGUUCAAGCCGCUGUCCAGGAAGGUGGUCUCCGCCACGCUGCAGCUCUCCCUCUCCUGCAUCUUCCUGCGCGAGGGCAAGGCCACGGACGAGGACAUGCAGAGCCUGGCCAGCCUGAUGAGCAUGAAGCAGGCCGACAUCGGCAACCUGGACGACUUCGAGGAGGAGAACGAGGAGGACGAGGAGAACCGGGUCAACCAGGAGGAGAAGGCCGCCAAGAUCACGGAGCUCAUCAGCAAGCUCAACUUCCUGGAGGAGGAGGAGCCAGAGCCUCCCAACGCCAGCGCCAACCCCUUCGAGGACCCGGACGACCCAAACGACCCAAACGACCCGGACGACCCGAACGAGCUCAACCCGUUUGGAGAUCCCGACGAAGAAGAGCCUGUGUGUGAGCCCGCUGCCCCCCCGCCCUGCCAGAAGGAGGAGGAGCUCUUCUACGACCAGGACCCCUCCAACCCGUUCAACGACACGCCCCCUGACCCCCCCCAGCCGGGGGGGAACCCCUUCGACGACCCCGACCCCGACCCCGACCCCGAGCCCGAACCCUCCCCCCCGAAACCGGCCAAGAGGAAGAACGUGCGGCCGGUGGACAUGAGCAAGUACCUGUACGCCCCCUCCCCCCGGAGCGACGAGGAGCUGGACGAGUCCAACCCCUUCUACGAGGCCCAGGCCCCUCCUGCCCUGGUCCUGCCCCCCCAGGAGAACAGCCUGGAGAGCCGGGGCAAGAGACGGGCCCCCGCCCCCCCCACGGCCUCGCCCGCCCCCCCUGCGCCAAAAACAGCCCCCGAACGCCCGGCCCACACCCCCACCCCCACCCCCACCCCCGUCUCCGCUGUCCUGGGGAAGGAGCUGGCCUCCUCCUCUCCUAAGCCCAGCCCUCUCCCCAGCCCUCUGAUUGGCUGCCGGUCGAACGCCACGCAGUCCCUGCUGGUGUGGUGCAGGGAGGCCACGCAGAGCUACCGCGGCGUGAAGAUCACCAACUUCACCACCUCCUGGAGGAGCGGGCUGGCCUUCUGCGCCCUGCUGCACCACUUCAGACCCCACGCCAUAGACUACAAGUCCCUCAGUCCCCAUGAUAUUAAAGAGAACAACAAGAAGGCGUACGACGGUUUCGCCAGCCUGGGCAUCUCCCGGCUGCUGGAGCCGGCGGACAUGGUGCUGCUGGCCAUCCCGGACAAGCUGACGGUGAUGACGUACCUGUACCAGAUCCGGGCGCACUUCAGCGGCGAGGAGCUGAGCGUGGUGCAGAUCGAGGCCAACAGCAGCCGCAGCACCUACAAGGUGGGCGACUUCGAGACGGACGGCCACAGCUCGCUGGCCGAGGGCCAGUUCUACGCCGAGGUGGGCGACGCGCGGCACGAGCCCCAGGCCGGGGGCCCCGCCGUGGCCAACGGGGAGAGGGCGCCACGCCCGCACCAACACGAGGAGGAGGAGGAGCCGCCGGUCGCUCCGGUCGCCGCGGUUACGGUGGAGGAGACCUCGGUGUGCCGGGUCCCCUCCGUCGCCGGCCGGGCCUCACCCCCGACCCCGACCCCGAACAGUGUGACCUUUGACCCCGCCCCCACGCCGCAGCCAGCGCCCCGGUCCCCCGGCGGGGCGGUCGGGGUGGGCGGCUCUGACCCGGUCUCGACGCCGUCGCGCCCGGUCCCGGGGAAACGGACGCUGCUGAAGGUGAACGCUGGGGACUUCGGCGACCCGGAGCCGGGGCGGGGCGCCAGAGCGGAGGAGGGCGUCCCCCAGAACGAGAGCGGGGUGCCGGAGCAGGGGGACGGCCGGGGGGCGGGGGUCGGGGUCGGGGUCGGGAGGGCCGACCCGGGCUCCCCCGCUCACAGAGUGGCGGCCGCCGCGCCCCACAGACUGGGCUCCUCGUACGCGCGCGACGCCGACCUCAGCAGGAAGAAGAGAGCUGACUCCGCCCCCGACGCUGUCCGUCAAAACCACCUGGAGGUGGCCACGCCCCCCAAGCACCUGCAGCAAACGCCGGCAGUCCCGAAAUCGAGCGCUCCAGAGGAGAAGAAGGUGCAGUCUCGGCAGGAGGAGCUGAAGGAAAGGGCCAGGCUUCUCCUGGAGCAGGCCCGGCGAGACGCCGCCACGAAGGCGGGGAGCAAGCACACCGCCAGCGCCGUGUCCGCCGCCCCGCCCCGCGCUCCGCACGCCAUCGACGAGCGGGAUGAGGAGCGGCGGAGGUUGCUGAGGGAGCGGGCGCGGCAGCUGAUCGCUGAGGCUCGCUCGGGGGUGAAGAUGGCAGAGUUCCCGCUGUACGGAGAGACGGGCAAGGGGAGGGUCCACGCCGCACGAGAUGUGGUGGUGGGUAUGGCCGUGGAUGAAGAGCAGGGUGAUGAUGAUGAUGAUGUAGUUGGCACUAACCCUGAGGAAGAGGAAGGAGGGGAUUGUACUAACCUUAACUCUGAACUUGCUUCUGUCGGUGUGCAGAACAGAGCGCACGGAGCAGAGCCGCGGCCGCUAACCGCUAACUCUUCCUCACCACAGCCUUCCUCACCCUCCUCCUCCUCACCACCACAGAGCCCGCAGCGGGAGGGCAGUGUGGAGGAGCUGCGUGUGGAGCGUCUGCGCAGGGUGACGGAGCGUCUGCGCAGCCCUGCGGUGUUCAGUAAGGAGUCUGCGGUGCGCAGGACCCAGCUGCAGUCCUUCAGCCAGUAUGUGGAGAGCAGGCCAGAGGUGAAGAGGCAGCGCUCGGUUCCUGAAGACCCAAAACCCGCUGCAGAAGAUCCGCUCCCUGUGAUGGACCCAGAACACACACCGUCUGAAGAGGAGAAGGCGUUUAAAGACACCAGUCAGUACGUGGUGGGGGAGCUGUCUGCUCUGGAGAGCGAGCAGAGACAGAUCGACACCCGGGCCUCUCGCGUGGAGAAGAAGCUGCGCUACCUCAUGGACACAGGGAACAACAGGGAGGAAGAGGAGGCUAUGAUGCAGGAGUGGUUCACUCUGGUCAACAAGAAGAACGCUCUGAUUCGCCGACAGAACCAGCUCUCUCUGCUGGACAAGGAGCAUGAUCUGGAGAGACGAUUUGAGCUUCUCAACCGCGAACUGAGGGCCAUGCUCGCCAUCGAAGACUGGCAGAAGACGGAGGCGCAGAAGCGCAGGGAGCAGCUGCUGCUGGAUGAACUGGUCAUACUGGUGAACAAGCGCGACGCACUGGUCAGGGACCUGGACGCCCAGGAGAAAGAAGCUGAAGAGGAGGAUGAGCACUUUGAGAAGACUCUGGAGCAGAACAAAGGAAAGAUGGCCAAGAAAGAAGACAAGUGUGUCCUUCAGUGACAUCAUCAUUUUAUAACAAAAAUACAUAAAUAUACCUUUAUAAUGACUAUUACAGAGAAAAACACUACUAACCGUUACCUGAAAGUGUAAAUCUGGUGAUCGUUCGGAUCAGAACUGUGUCAUUAUGGGCCUUUUUAAAGGGCUUCGGAACCGGUCCCCUGAAUGCCUUUUUACCCGUUUUUAUUACUCCAGUAUUCAGAGUUUUUAAAAUUGUAUUUUUUUUUUGUUUAGUUUUGUUUGCGUUGGUCAGACAGGUACGGUACUCGUUCUGAAUGCACACGGCCCACUGCACAGCUCUAACGGAGUCACGCGGCUUUACAACGGAAAAAGUCAAACAUGAACGAAACGUAUUUCAUCCAAUUGCUCUAUAGUUUAUUGUUUUUUUUGUUUUGUUUUUUUCAAAUAAGAAAAUGCUAAUUGAAUGCAGAGACCCUUGGCUACGCUUUACGUUUGGAAGAGUGACAUAUAGGCGGAACAUUUACGUGUCAAUGGUCCUGAUUAUCGAGGCAUGGUCGCGACGUGAGAUUCAGCCUUGCAGCAAUCUGAUUGGUCCUGAAUUUUGACUAAGUAAAACUUUGACUAAAGAACUUUACUUACUCAUACUUUACUUUAAGUGUGUAUGUUAAGAGAAAGACGUCCUAAGACGAGGCAAGUGUAACGUUGGCUUUUAUCGGUUACUCAGAACCAGAAGUCAGGUUGAAUUUUGUCCCUAAAAGCAAAAGAAAGAUGCAUCACAUACAUAUUUACAGUGUCUCGUUGAAAAUUCAAAUCUAGAUGUUUUGACUAUCAGCACCAGAGAGAGGGGAUUGUAUUAAAAUAAAAAUCACUGCCUUUGCUUUUUCACCAUUUAAACGGAAAUAAAGGUGCACACUAACGUUUGGAUAACAGACGAAACCGCCAUGUAUAUGUGUGUGUACAUUUGUAUGUAUAUAGACACAGAUGCGUAUUUACACAUACAUAUAACAUGUAUGUGCAUGUAUUGGAGUGUGCGUAUACUGUACAUAAUCAUGCACACAUGUAUGCAUUUACACGUACGCAUCACAAAUAUGGCCGUCACUGUAACCGGUGAGAAAAUUAUAUAUGUAUGGAUCGAAACUCUUUAAGUUAAGCACAGAGGCAGCAUUGAGAGGAGGUGCCCUGGUUUAGUACCCCGGGUCUCUGAGAGACUUCAGGUGAGAGGAAGUGACGGUUUGGCCUGCCGAUCGUCACUCGGUAUGACGUUAUAGCUUGCGAAACGUUUGCGCAAAAACUUAGUUGACAAAGAGUAAUUAUUUAUUACUGUUUGUCAUUUUUUCCGGAGUCACAUGCAAGCGAGUUUAACAUCAUGACCAUGUGUAUUUCAUUUGCUCCAGGAGUUCUGUUAAUAUUUAUUGUGUACUUCAAAACAAAAACAAA